AUGACCCCUGUUGAUUCUCUUCCAGUUUCAUUGCCUUUGCAGCCAUUCAUGUUGCUUUCCUUUUCUGUCACAUAAAUCUUUUUUUUUUCUUUCCUUUUUCCCGGUUUAUCAUUCUCCUCUCUGUAUAUAUCCUUCAAUCUUAGGUUGCCGUCUCCUCUUUUCUUCUCUCUCGUUUAUGCUUCUCUUUUCUGUUUUUUAGUUUUUUUUUUUUUCUUUCCCUUUCUCUCUUAAUAUCAAUAGUAGAGAUUUCUUAUUUCUAGAUAAAGUAGUAGUCUUCGACAUCGAGAGAGAUUUCUAAAUAUUAUAGGUGGUUAAUAAGUACAUAGGAAACAGAUAUAUUAUCUGUUAUAUCAUGGCUGCUUAUUUAGAGGAUGCAUUUAUGGAGAUUCUGAGCAGACCCACAAUCUGGGGAAUGAUCCUGGGGAUGAUAAUGCUAUUGGGUCCUGUUUGGAUAGGUUUUCUUGUAGGCAUACUGGCUGGAUGGGCAUGGAAGCCCAGAUGGGCUACCUUGAGGAACUGCAAUAAAUUCGACUUCUCAGCUCCUUCUUCCCCUUGUUCUUCUCCUUCUUCUUCUGCAAUGAUGAAAGCUACUGGUUUUGGUCCCACCCCCACCUCCGAUACUGCUUCUUCUUCUUCUUCUCCCAACCUGGACGAUGAUAAUUUGGUGGAAAACCAACAGAUUAUUACUCAAACUCUGUCUCAUAUUCCUAAGUCCAGUUCUUCCCAAGUGAAGGAAGAAUCAUUAGCAGUUACGGAUGAAGAUAUGAAACAUUUGUGCCGGUUAGUCGAGAGGAAAGAUUGUGGUCCUCCAUGGAAGCAUAUGAUGGAACGUUCUACCUCAGAUAUGAGCUAUCAAGCAUGGCAAAGAGAUCCUGAGACUGGUCCUCCGCAAUACUGCAGCCGAACAGUUUAUGAAGAUGCCACCCCGGAACUGUUAAGGGACUUUUUCUGGGAUGAUGAAUUUCGAGUUAAGUGGGAUGAUAUGCUUGUGCAUGCCAAAACUCUGGAAGAAUGCCCAACCACGGGAACAAUGAUCGUGCACUGGAUACGUAAGUUUCCGUUCUUCUGUAGUGAUCGUGAGUACAUAAUUGGACGACGAAUAUGGGAAUCAGGAAGAUCCUAUUACUGCGUGACAAAGGGAAUACCAUGUGAUUCCAUUCCAAGGCGGGACAAACCAAGACGUGUUGACCUCUAUUAUUCAAGUUGGUAUAUCCAAGCAGUUGAGUCUCGGAAAGUGAAAGGGCAACUUAGCGCGUGCGAGGUAAUCCUCUUCCAUCACGAAGAUAUGGGCAUCCCAUGGGAGAUUGCUAAGUUUGGAGUCCGGCAAGGUAUGUGGGGAACCGUCAGGAAGAUUGAGCGUGGGUUCCGCUUGUACCAGAAAACAAGGUUGUCUGGGGAACCAAUCUCGAAUUCAGCAUUCAUGGCUCAGAUCAACACGAAGAUUGACCCGGAUUACCUCAAGUCCCUGGAUCAGGAAGAAGAGGCACCCGAAGCCGGAUUAGCGGUUGAAGAAUCAACUAAUGAUAAACCAAGGGGUGGACUGAACAUACCAAAACUGGUAAUAAUAGGUGGGGUGGUUGCACUUGCUUGUAGCCUUGAUCGUGGGAUGUUUACUAAGGCAAUCAUCUUUAGUGUUGCGAAGAAGUUUUCAAACGUGGGAAGAAAUGCUUCACGGAGGACGAUGUAGACAAUUUUGAAUCGAAUAUAUUGUACAAAUAAGCAGCUCACCGAAGAAAUUAGUGUACUAUAUUUUGUUAAAAAAUUUCGUUUAUACGUAUACCUAUCUUUCCUUUAUGUUAACUUCCUGUCUCUUCAGAUCGUUACUCAUUAUCAAAAUUUGGUAUGCGUUUUUGGGUUCAAGAAGUCACAAGAAGACAACUACAUUCUUAAUUUCGAGUGGCCUGCCGAGGUCGUCGCUAAACUAUUUUAACUACUGUUUGUAGUGAC